GCUUGGGGUUUCCAUACGUGGGGCUUCGACGGGCAGAAACACUGACCCGUCGGUUGGGGGGUCUCGACCUGACUCGAAGCCUCUCCUCACUCCAGACCUCAGCUUCUUUUCCCCUCGACAUCGAGUUUCUCCCCCAGCAUCGACCGCUCACACGGUAACGGCACCAUCUACACAAGCAAGAUUGUGUCACCUCCCCCAGCAACAGCUAGCCCACCAUGAAGCUCCUCUACCCGACGUCGCUCAGGCUCGACGUGCCGAGCCUCGAGGGCUUUGGCGUCAGCCUGCACCCGUACGACGUCAAGAAGCACAUCCCGGAGGAGCUGGUCGACGCCGAGGUGCUCAUCACCUGGACCAACACGGCCGACAACCUCAAGGACGCCGUCAAGCGCCUCACCAAGCUGCGCUGGAUCCAGUCCCUGGCCGCGGGGCCCAACGACGUCCUGGGCGCCGGCUUCGACCCGGCAAAGAUCAAGAUCACCACGGGCUCGGGCCUGCACGACCACACCGUCGCCGAGCACGCCCUGGGCCUGCUUCUGCUCGCCGCCCGCCGCUUCGACGAGAUGCGCGACUACCAGCUCAAGCGCCAGUGGCCCGGCCACCUGGGCGGACCCCAGCCCGACCGCCCGGCCGACCGCUUCACUAGCUUGCGCGGCGCCAACGUGGUCGUCUGGGGCUUCGGCAACAUCGCAAAGACCCUGACGCCCCUGCUGGUCGGGCUCGGCGCCAAGGUCACGGGCGUCGCCCGCAGCGCCGGCGUGCGCGACGGCGUCGAGGUCUACGGCGAGGAUAAGCUGCCCGAGCUGCUGCCGCGCGCCGACGCCCUCGUCAUGAUCCUGCCCGGCUCCGACUCGACCCGCCACGCGCUCAACGCCGACCGCCUGCGCCUGCUGCCCAGGCACGCCUGGCUCGUCAACGUCGGCAGGGGCACGUCGGUCGACGAGGACGCGCUCGUGGCCGCGCUCAAGAAGGGCGAGCUCGGCGGUGCCGCCCUCGACGUCUUCGAGACGGAGCCCCUGCCCGAGCCGUCGCCGCUGUGGGACGCCCCCAACGUCUUUGUCAGCCCCCACGCCGCCGGCGGCAGGCCGCAGGGCGCCGAGGACCUGAUUGCCUACAACCUGCGCCGCUUCCUUGCUGGCCAGGAUCUCAAGAACAUUAUAUAGUUGUAUGAUUGUGUAUAUACGUAGCAAAAAUGGGUGGUGAGGAGAUAAAAAUUGAAAGUGAUACAUCUGUCG